AUGCUAUCCUACUUGCGUAGCCUCUGCCUCCUUUCCCUCUGUCUGGCGUCACUUACAGGAGCCUCCACCUCUUCUACAACUGCACCCAUUAUCGACGUCGGAUAUGCACAGUAUCAGGGAUACUACAACGCGUCUAACGGGAUCACGGAGUUCAUAGGAAUACGUUAUGCCGCACCCCCAGCUGGUGAUCUGCGCUUCUCAGCACCCCAGCCACCUGGCAACAUCUCCGGAGUUCAACAGGCAAACACGCCUCCCAACAUGUGUUACCAAAGUGAUAACGGCGCUAGCAGCAGUGCUCCGGUCUCUCCUUACGGUUUCGCAAAACGCAAUGGUGACAUUGGCAGUGUCGGAACACCGCCAGAGUCGGAGGAUUGCUUGUUUCUCAAUGUCUUCGUUCCCGGAUACAUUCCCAGCAAUGCAAAUGCAACCGGCGGUUUGCCGGUUCUUGUAUGGGUUCAUGGCGGAGGGUAUGCUGAAGGCUGGAUGACCGAAGCGAAGUACAACGCUACUGAUCUCGUGAUCGACUCUCACCAAUCCGUAAUAAUCGUCGCUAUCCAAUAUCGUAUGGGAUUAUUUGGUUUCCUCGCUGGACAAGAGGUCAAGGACGGCGGUGUGCUGAACACCGGACUUUUGGAUCAGCAAUUUGCGUUCAAGUGGGUACAGGAUCAUAUAUCCAAGUUCGGUGGAGAUCCUUCGCAUGUAACGAUCUGGGGACAAUCUGCAGGCGCUGGCUCUAUGCUGCAGCACAUCAUUGCGAACAACGGAAGCACACAGCCUCCUCUAUUCCAAGCUGUUAUCUCAAGUUCCACCUUCCUCCCGUCCCAAUACUGGUAUAACGAUCGCGUCCCGCAGAACUACUACAAUCAGACUGUCGCUCAGGCAAACUGUACCUCCGCUCGCGACACGCUGGCCUGUCUCCGGGCCGUGGAUGCGACAACGCUAAACACGAUCAAUAACGACGUUGCUAAACUGGCGCUCACCGGAACUUACGGCUUCGUCCCUGUCGUUGAUGGCACUUUCAUUGCCGACAGGCCAACGGCCUUGAUGCAGAGCGGACGUGUCAACGGUCAACUAUACCUAGCAUUCGGCAACUCGCACGAAGGCACAGACUUUGUGAGCUCCGUGAGGUUCACGAACUUGACCGUUGCGGAGUAUGCAGCGACGCUCUUUCCGAAUCUGGAGCCGGAGCAGGCGCAGCAGGCGGAGUCCCUGUAUAGCAAUGUGGGAACGCCGCUCGAGCAGAUGCAGACGAUAAUGGGUGACUCGAUUUUCCUGUGCCCUACGUAUUACAUGCUCGCGGCGUUCCCCGGCAAAUCGUGGAGAGGCUUUUGGGCUGUGCCGCCAGGCCUCCAUGCGGAUGACCUUUUGUACUACUUCAACAAUACAACGCCUCCGUAUGAUAACCCCGCCUUUGUAGCGUCCUACGUUCAGUCGUACAUGUCCUUCGCGCGCUUCUGGGAUGUCAACGAGAAAUUCGAUUCCAUCAACAUCACGCCUAAUUGGGAACCGUAUUCGAACGGGAGCGCGGAGAUGCUGUUUAAUCAUGCGGAAGAGGGAUUGCCCGUUAUACAGCCCAUCACCACGGAUGAAGGGCUGGUGGAACGUUGCUCAUUCUGGCAUAGCGUAGCUGAAUCGAUAGGUCAAUGAUGUACUAGGUUGAGGGUGGUUCUGAAACAUUCCGCCGCAUCAGCACAGCCCACUGUAACCAUCCAUCUUUACAGCCUAUCAACGCUAGGGUAGCGGCCUUCGCUUUGAUAUCUCAUGGGUAUCAUAGUAGGGAUGGUUGUCUUCAAUGUAUUAGAUACAUUGGUUCGACGCUGUUAUGUACGCUCGCAAGGGUU